GUGAGAAACCCGUGUGCCGUGUUCUUCACGAGAGUAAAUCAUGAUUUCGAGAUUUUGUCAAAUUUUUUAAUUUUGUGCCAUUAACUAAUUUUUAAUUCUACACUUAUCCAGAAAAAUAAAUACAUAUAACUAAGUUACUAACUAAGUUAACUAAGUUAACUAAACUAACUGUAAGUUACAGUCUGUAACUAAGUUAAAUAAAGGACGUUAAAGUGAACGAGGCGAUAACCUCCUCGACCAUAUAAUCUUAUCGAUGUUAACCUUAUCCAUGUCCAUGUUUUCUUCAGUAUUAUGAGAUUAUUGCGUCAUCUCUAUCCAUUUCCGUUUUCAAUUUUUACUUGUUCGUCGCUUCGCUACUUGUCAAUCAGCAUAACUUAUCAUGCCCCCCAUACGACGCCUUCUUUUGCUAAGUCACCAUCACCAUAAUUUGACGAGUGGCGAUAAGUCUCCACAUUUCUUCCUCCUCCUCCGGUUUCGUUCCACCGCGACAAACGAUGGCGCCGGUCGCGACUCGUUAUUCAAUCGCUCGGACCACCCACUCUCAUCCCCUCGACAAGGCCUCCCUCUCCUCGUGAAGGACAAAGUGAACCAGGUCAUGGUCGCGUAUGAGGAUUUCAUUGGAAUCAAGCAAGUCAAGGAGGCUCAAGAAAGGGUCUUAUCGGCGGAAACUUGCUUCAAAGCGAGCCAACAACUCCGUCGCGCCGCACAAGAAAAAGUAGUCCAAGUCCAAAAUCAACUCCGCGUCCUUCGCAUGGACAUUGAUCGCACGGCCCGAGGCGACAAUCGAUACUUGGAAUUGAUUAAAAAUGAAAUCGACAUCAUCCGCGAAGAGCGCGAUGUCCGCUCCCACUUUGAAGAGUUGGAGGAGCGUGAGCGAGAACUUUUCUCAGAACUUUCAAACGCACUGCGGAUGUCGCACGAGAAAGAGAGGGCACAGGGCGAGAAGACAAAAUACUGGUCAAUUUUCGGCUCCCUCUUCGGAGCCUUUCUCGGCAUCGUCGGAACCACAAUUAACGCCCGGAUGCGGCACAAACAGACGAAAGACAUCCUCCUCCAAACCUCCGCUCAUGUCGCUCAAAUUGAAGAGGCAGUCCAAAACUUGAGUCUUAAACUGGGUGUGGAGCCCAUCCCACUUCAAAACACGGCGAUGUCAAGCAUUUCCGAAAAUGUGACAAAAUUACUCAAAAGCGUAAAGGACCAAGAGGAGACCCUCCGUCUUAGCGUUGUCACAUUAAUGGGCGUCACAAAAACGGUAGAGUCUGUCGCCGGCCAGUUGAACAACGAGUGGGCUGACGCCGUCGCGAGGAGGAAACCUCCCGUCUACUUUAAUCUCGAUGGGAUCACGCCCGACGUUCCCAACUCACACGCACAUGUGGCUGUUAUAAUGUCGGUAUUCAUGUUAGGUGCUGGCGUCAUUAUGUUUGUGUUGAAUCGGCUAACAUAGUGAAGAAAAUAGUAGAACAGAAGAAUCGAUUUUAUCCAAUUGUGAUUGUGAUGCCCAGUUUAGUUCUUGUCAAGAUUACGUAGGAGAGGAAUUUAGGAAAUGUAUUUUUAUAAUUAAUUAAUAUUAUGACAUAUUCAUGCCAAUUUGUAAACUGUGUAAAAUUUGUGAGAUAGGUGGGUAAACAACCUGGUAAAAUAUUAGGAGAAACAAAUUGAUAUUAGGGGAGCGCAAAAUUAGCACCCGGGUGAAAAUUCUCUGAUGUUUGUUACUUCUUUUUAGUAAUUUCACAAGGUUUACAUAGUUUCAAAGUUUGGCCUUAAUUAGCCUGUUAGACAGAAUAUGCAUAUAAACGCUGAAAAUUGCAGAAAAUGUAACUCUACGUCAGUAUAACUCUAUAAGACAAUAAUGAGGUGAUUAUCUUGAUGCGUGUCAUUAUGAUUAUUAUGAAUCGAUACAGAAAAUAAUGAGAAAUUGUACCUCAUUAUGUGCGGUAUAAAAAUAAUGUGAUCAAUAACUCUCGCCAGUUUCUUAACAAGUUGUUAUCAGUAACUUAUUCUGUUUUAUUAUUGUGUCGUAUAUAUUGCACCAUAAUUACUCAGGUCAAGUCGAUAUCCAAUAAUUCACAGAAAAAUAAACUACGUCAAAAACUAA